GGCGCGUUUAUUUUACGCACGGCUGCGUCAAGGCUAUUUGUGCAGCGCGCUUUCCAGGGCCUGUUCAGCCCCGAUCCUGACUCUGUGUGUGCACGAUGCUUGCCAGCCCGGUCACCUCGACGCCUUUCUCGGUUAAGGAUAUCUUAAACCUGGAACAGCAGCAUGUGUUUACGCAGCAGGGGUUUUCGGGCCCAGAGCAGGACGCCGCUCCGCUCCAGUCUUUGCAGUUUCAGUGCAUGCACAGCGCACUCAGUCGGAGCCUGGAGCUGCUUUACAGCCCGGACAAACCCGCCUUCAGUCCCGGGGAACAGAGUAAAUGCCCGCUAAGUGCAGAUGACUUCGGCUCCUGCGGCUCUCCGACAGAAGAGGAGACAGAUCAUCAACGCUCUAAUUCAGGUGCAUGUGAAAUAGAGGAGUCGAGCUGCACUGACAGUAAAGCGGAAGACGCUCCGGGAGACAGGUCGAAGCCGCGCUCUCGCCGGAAACCGCGCGUGCUCUUCUCCCAGACUCAGGUGUUCGAGCUGGAGCGGCGUUUCAAGCAGCAGCGCUACCUGUCCGCGCCGGAGAGAGAGCAGCUCGCCGCCGUGCUCAAGCUCACCUCCACACAGGUCAAGAUCUGGUUUCAGAACAGGAGGUACAAGUGCAAGCGGCAGAGACAGGAUAAAAGCUUGGAGCUGGCCGGUCACCCGCUGCCCCCGCGCAGAGUGGCGGUUCCGGUGUUAGUGCGAGACGGAAAGCCGUGUCUCGGCGGAAGCCAUGCACCGCCCUAUAACGUCGCAGUCGGCUCGUAUCCGUACAACAACUACUAUAACAGUUACGGAAAUACUCCUUACGCCUGUAACUUUAGCGGGAUGCCUUCGUUCACCACCAACAGCACGCAAAUCCCUAAUCACAUAGUAGAUAUGAACCUCAGCAUGGGCGGUGCUGAUGGAGCUCUCGGCCAGCAAGGACACUUUCAGACCACCUUAACCGGAAUCAGAGCUUGGUGAAGAGAAUGUUCGGAGGGGAAAAAAAGACUCGAAUCUGACAUUCACAAUGACAUGUGAUUUGACUGAGCUGGGACUGAGCUAGUUCGCCAAAAAUGCAUCGUAGAUAUCACUAUGAUCAUGGACCACACAGAUAAAAAAAAUCCCUGCAGUUUCCAGAAGAAGAUAUUGUAAAGCGUGAUUAAAAGUCAAUUUACCACUGUAUAUCCAUCAACCCUCUGUGUGUUAAAUAAUUAUGAAGAUUAUUUUGUGAAUCACUUAAAGACACUAACUCCAAGAUGACUAAAUCCUGACCAUGUUUUUUUGGAAAGAAGAUAGACUUGAACUAGCACCGGUGAUUUUAUGUGCAAAUG